CGAUUGUUUACAAAAAAAAAAAAAUAAUCUGAAAAAUUUGGAUCUUGUUAAUUUAAUUAUUUGUGAAUAAACGAUGCUUAAACCCAAGGUUUUAACAAAUGUUCUUAGUCAAGCAAACACAGGAGGUGUUGAAAAUACAUUAUUAUUAAACAAUGAUGGUGCCUUACUUGCUUUUAGUGGAUUCCAUAAUAAGGAUGCACGAAUAACGUCAGCAAUUGCGAGUAAUGUUUGGUCUGCAUACGAAAAACACGGCCAUAAUUCAUUCAGAGAAGAUCCUUUACAGUUUCUUAUUAUCAAUUGUGAAGGUGGAAAUGUCAUUGUGACUCAAGUAUGUAUGACAUCCUAUUUUCUGCUUGAAAACUAUAAAAUUCCCUUUACUUGAGUAUUAAGAUCCAACUCUGGAUCAUAAAAGGAUCUAGUAAGAACUGAUUUUGACAAUCACUUUACUUCUAUUUGCAGGUCGCAAAUCUUUUGUUGUGUCUGUAUGCAAACACUGAUAAUCUAGGAAUUUUAAAGACAAAGAUAUCAAAAUUAAAAGAGAAGCUCGAGAUUCCAUUGCAAUCUAUCCAGACAUGAGAUCUCUAUUAUUUCCUAUUUCUGUGUUAUUUUAAUCCUCAUAUGCUAUCAGAAUAAAUUUAUUCGAUUUUCUUAUAUUUAAUUACGGA